CUCUUUCUUCUUCAAGGAAUGGCAUCUCAGAUCAUCGACAACUACCGUGAAGGUGCUGAGAUUUACAAAGGAGAUGAGCUUUGCAAGAAGAAGUCCAUCGAGUUGCUGGAGGAGCUCUGCCUCCCAAAAGGUCUCUUCCCAUUGGAAGACAUAGAGGAGUUUGGCUAUAACCGUGAGGCUGGCUUCAUAUGGUUGAUACAGAAGAAGAAGAAUGAUCAUGUCUUCAAGCAGAUAAAGAGGGCGGUGUCUUAUGCGCCAGAGGUGACGGCCUUCGUGGAGAAGUAUAAGCUGAAGAAGAUGACCGGCGUGAAGACCAAGGAGCUAUUGCUAUGGCUCUCCGUCGUUGAAGUCUAUUUUGAGAAGCCAACAUCUGAGAAGCUCACUUUC